GUCCCCAUCACUUCUCGCUCCCUCCUCAUGUGCCCGUCCCCGUGACAGGAACAAACAGCCCCAUUUCCAUGACGUUUCCCAAACCCAUGUUUCAAACACCAGCCUGAUGAAACCACCCAUCACGAGGCCCAGAGACACGAGGCCGGGGCUCAGUUUCGGGCCUUGCACUGACUCAGCAGUGGCAGGUGCUGAGUAAGGCCCAGAACAUCCCCGGCCCUCACUGCCUCCCUUUGUCAAACAGAUACGAGGAUGCAUUUUUCUGGCUCCCUGGCAAGGUUGUGGGGAGGACAAAUUCAUCAGUAUUCAUAGAAGCCCUUUGAUUAUCUGCAGGCUAAACAAUUAUGGGGCCCAACAAAGGAGGAAGGUGUUCAGGACUAUAAAAGGUCUCCUGGCCCAGCUCACUUCAUUCGCUCGUCUUCUCCUCCCUUCACCUCUCCUCACUCUUCAACAGGCUUUGCCAACUCUCCAACCAACGAGAUGCCCAACGGAGGCUGCGGCUGCUGCGGAGGAGGAAGCUACUCCAUGACCUGCUACAGCACCCCCUCGUGCUGCAAGACCCCGAUGUGCUGCUCCCCCAUGCAGUGCUGCAGCCCCUGCUGCAUGCCCAUGCAGUCCUGCUGCAUGCCCAUGUCCUGCUGCUACACCAUCAGCAACAACAACAGGGGCUGCUGCGGCGGCUGUUGCGGUGGCAACUGAGCCCCCGGCCCUGCCCGCUGCCCUCCCGGCUCACCUGGGCUUCCAGACGUGGAUAUGGACCUGGACACCACCCCUGCUUUGCUUAGAGACUGUAGAUCUCCUGUCCUUUGCCUGCUUUUGGUCACCCAGUGCUCGUGCAGUCGCUGCCCAGCGCUGGGUGGGGUUUCCCUCCGUGAGCCCUGGGCCCGCUGCUCCUCUUCUCUGGGUGUGUGGGACGUUGGAUGCUGUCAGUUCUCCUUUUCCUCCCUUUAACCUCUAAUUAGUCAUGAAUCAUAAUAAAAUGUGUCAGUUAUGA